GAAGAAGGCGAUGGAAGUGUCCUCGAAGAAGCAGAAGGUCGCCGACGACGACAACAGCAGUGGCAGCAGCGCAGAAGGAGAUGAGCCGAUGGUGACUAGCCAGUCGUUCAUUUCCUCCACUAACGUUGUCAACGUCACCGUCUCCUCGAUGGGGGUGGACGAGUUCAGAGACUUCAUCGAGAGUUCACACGGCACCCCUUCCGACGCACCCAGCGUGACUCCCCCAAUCGGAAACGUGGCGAGUUCCACCGGUACCGCUUCCCACGCACCCAGCGUUACUCCCCCAAUCGGAAACGUGGGGAGUUCAACCGGUGCCCCUUCCGACGCACCCAGCGUGACUCCCCCAAUCAGAAACCUGGCGAACAAAUUCAUCGACAUUUAUGAACCCUAUCUUCCCGAAGACUUCAUUCAGAAUUUUCCCGACGUCGGCGAUCAGGUCGCCGACGACAACGCGUGCGUUGGCCACAAGGAACCUCUUUCCUCACUGGUUGCUGAGUUUCAAUCAGGCAGCCCCAUCAUUCAGGCAAAAAUCAAGCUCCUUUAUGACAACUAUGCUGCACUGAGGCGAGUACGAAAAGAUGGAAAUUGUUUCUAUCGAAGUUUUAUGUUCUCCUAUCUGGAACAUAUAUUGGAAACACAAGACACAGCCGAGGUUGAUCGCAUUCUUGCAAAUAUUGAACAGUGUAGGAAGGCACAGCUAGUUCUGGGAGACCAAGAAUAUAGGAUCAGUGAAAUCUUCUCAGUAAGCUUUGUCACUUCGGUUCUUCACUUUUGUUUCAUUAAUUCUUCUUUCUGUUCCAUGCAUGCUGGUACUGAGUACACUAACUGAAGCAAAUUCUGUUCCGUGACUGGCAUACAUUGAUGUAUCAUGUCAAAUUUUCGGAUCAAAUAAAGCAUAUAAGAUUUUUUUAGA